AUGAGCGCCACAGGACCGGUUAAUAGGCCGACAGAGCUAGACGCUCUAGUUCUCGAGGCCUGGGGUCAGAGCCUGAUGGUGGGAGCGUUGGUAGUCAUGGCAGCAUUGACGGUAGCCAAUAUGCGAAAGAGUGUGCUUUUACACAACCUGAUUCUUGCAGAGUUAAUCCUCGGCAUGGGCUACGGAACCUGGAUAUUCACCACCUUCCCAGUCUACGGAUGGCUCUUGUCUGUGACCUCAAUACUACUCUUUUGCUCCUGGUCACUGCAUAAUGUCAUUGCAUGGAUGAAGAUCCGGCCGUUCCUGUCGCGUCCCUGGUCAGCGUUCUAUAUCAACACCGUGAUUCUAGCGCAGCCAUACUGGAUCGUGGAGUUGUACUCUAUUUUCUGUUAUUUCAACAACAUCGGCAAUACGGAGAUAUUUCUCAAAAUCAGGCCGUGGGAGCCUUUGUUUCGUGAUCCGUGGUGGCUUUUUACGUUCUGUUCGCUGUUAUACAUCAUCAAGACAAAAUAUGACUUUGGGUUGAUAGAACUCAUCCGCUUCAGUCCCCGGUUUGGCGUCAUGCUUUUUUCAAUCUGUGCUUCUCUUAUAUUUGUGGUACUUGACAUUUUGAGCGUGGCUGGCGUGAUAAAUUUGGGUCUUGCAUCGGGGGCGGAGCCUUUUUGGAAGUUAUCAUUCAUCUUUAAAUGUCUCAGCGACAUCGUCGUUCUAGACGACUUCAAAACCGCCCUCGACCGCAUACAAACCUAUUGGAUGCGACGUCCCAGUCGAGUCGGGCUGGACAGUCGUGGAAGUCGUGGUUGUGGCAGACCAUCGGAAGCGAACAAAGAUAUCGAAUCGGGCAUUGAGCUUCCAACGCUAAAGAAGCCCAACGUCUCGGCGGAGGCAUCUCAUAGUGGACUUGACUUCUUGUCGCAGCCUCAAUUGCGUGUGCAUGGUGCGAUUGAUGAUUCAGCCGGUGAAUCAGCUGGUGAAUCGAGCUUGCAUCAUCUGACGACGUCUCCGUCUAGACGGGGGUCGGAGAAUUUCUAUGGUGGAUUACGAUCGAGUAUUUAG